AUGGCGAGCAUCGACAAGUAUCGCCCGGCCCGGGAAGGCUAUCAGCCUCCAUCAAUACCUUCCAGACCCCCGCAGCGCGAUGACCGCCAGUCCAGAUCGCCGUCACGGCGGCGCGACGUGCCCCCGGCAGUCCCCUCCCCUCCUUCCCUCAGCUCAAGAACAUCGCCACCGAGACCGCAGUCGAGAAGGAAUCCUCCCUCACCGGCGCCAUCUGCGCCGCGGACACCCGCGCGGACACCGGCCAGUCAAUGGCUCUACACUCCAGACGAGGUGCUCAGCUCCCCGAGCAUCAUCGAUGGGCUCUCGCCGGCAGAGGAGAAGAUCAGAAGGGCAAAGGGUGUUAACUUCAUCUACCAAGCCGGCAUCAUCAUCGAGCCGCAUGCCCUCCCUUCUGUCACCCUCUUCGUUGCUAGCGUCUUCUUCCACCGGUUCUACAUGCGCUACAGUAUGGUGGAGGAGAAGGGGGGCAUACAUCACUACAAUAUUGCUGCCACCGCCCUGUUUCUCGCAAACAAGACCGAGGAGAACUGCUUCAAGACGAAAAACAUCAUCAUCGCUGUCGCAAAGGUAGCGCAGAAGAACCCGAAGUUGAUCAUCGACGAGCAGAGCAAAGAGUAUUGGCGAUGGCGUGACAGCAUCCUCAUGUACGAGGAGCUGAUGCUCGAGGUCCUCACCUUCGAUCUCAUGGUCACGAAUCCCUACGAGCAGCUGUGGAAUCAGCUCAAUAGGCUGAACCUGCUGAACUCCAAGCGCAUCAGGGCCGCCGGGUGGACUUUCUGCAACGAUGCGGCCCUGACCGUACUGCCGCUCCUCAUGGACGCCCGGGACAUCGCCAUCGCCUCCAUAUUCUUCGCCAGCACGCUGACCGGCGAAAAGAUCGCCGACUCGGGCGACGAGCCAUGGUGGAAGUUCCUCCGCGCCGACGAGGAUAAGGUCGCCCGCGCGAUCGACGUGAUGGAGGCAUUCUACAUCGAGAACCCGCUUAAGAAACAGAACACGAGCUACCAAGGGUCGCCCAAGUUCAGCCUGGAGGACACCAGGAGACGCGGCGACGUGAGCCAGACGGACGCGGGCUCGAGUAACAACGGCACGCCUCUACCCAGCAACGACAGGGGCACCGCCAGCCCGGUGGAGUCCGGGAGGAGGCCGAGAGACGGCGAUAAGGACUCCGACGCUCCGGCCUCCCAGUUCGACCCGGACAUGCUGCAGCAGAGCCAGGGGGACUCGGACGUGGCGCUUAAGGUCGCCGCCAACGAUCUGGAUCACCACCGGGGCAGGCCCAACGGUAAGGCCGCCAUGCUGUCGCCCGGCGUUAAGCGCAAGAGCGUCGAGCCAGACUCUGACGACGCCGAAAGGCACCAGAAGCGCAGCCGCCGGCAGUCCGAGUCUGACGAGGGAGAAGUGAGGGACGACGACUAG